AUGUAUUCACUGACAGUCAAGGUGAUUGGAAGUUCCCAGUUUAAAUCAAGCUGUAUUAGCUAUCUGCUGUUGACUCUUCUGUUUGGGAGUGGCAACAGCUUAACAAUGGAGAGAGAUUUUCAUGCUGGACUUAUGAACGCCACUGUGCAGUGUCAUAUGCCCAAAGCAUGUGACGUGCCUGGAUUCAAGGACUGGUUUAAAGUGGGCCUUCACUGUGUCAAAUACUUUAACAAUACUCUCAACUUCACUGAAGCCGAGUUCAGCUGUAUUGAUAGCACACGUGGUGCACAUCUGGCAUCAGUGCAUAAUGCCAGCGAUAAUAAUCACUUGCUCUGCAUUGUGAAAAAAUUUAAUCCAACAAAUCGGCGAGUCUGGAUUGGAGGCUUUCGACUUUUACAGAGUCAUAGAUUUCUGUGGCUUGAUGGAUCUGCAUGGAAUUAUGAUGAAUGGGUACCUGGUGAGCCCAACCACAACUUUACUAACGAGGAAUGUGUGGAGUUGAACUGGAAAGAACAUGGCAAGUGGAACGACAAAUCUUGUUUUGUCGAGAAGAGCUACAUCUGUGCCUUCGAGGCGAAGCGCAUUGUGAAAGAAGAGUAG